CUUCUUCUAGAUUCCCAUUUGCCUAAAUCUUUGUUCUUGCGAAUUUCUUGGAGGGCAGGGAUUCGGGAAAUCCAUGAAUUGGGAAGAUCGUAUUUCUACAAUUGAUCCGUGAUCGGAGAAGCUCCGCCGCCGCCGCCGUUGCUGCUAUCCGUGUUCUUCUUUCGGUUUCUGAGUUCAGCGAUAUCUCCAAUGGCGCAGCGGUGUAUUCUUGUGUUUGUGGCGGCCGUACUGUUCUUAAUUGGAUUGCUUGACGCGAGCCCUGGGGAUGCUGAUCCGGUGUACAGGGCUUGUGUCGAGCAAUGUGAAAAGAGUGGAUGCGUAGGGGACAAGUGUUUCCAACACUGCAACUUUUCCUCUGAUGGAAUCCCGACAGACGGCCCCUGGUAUUUGCAGGAGCCGCUUUACAGGCAGUGGAAACAAUGGGACUGCCGGAGUGACUGCCGCUACCACUGUAUGGUCUCUAGAGAAGAAGAAAGACAGAAACUUGGCUAUCAGCCGGUAAAAUACCAUGGGAAAUGGCCAUUCAAGCGUAUUUACGGGAUCCAGGAACCUGCUUCGGUUGCUCUUUCUGCGCUCAAUCUUGCCGUACAUUUUCACGGAUGGGUAUCCUUCUACAUCCUAGUAAAUUACAAGCUGCCGUUUAGGCCAAACAAGAGGACAUAUUACGAGUACACUGGUCUGUGGAACAUAUAUGCAGUCUUCGCCAUGAACGCCUGGAUUUGGAGCGCAGUUUUCCAUAGUCGGGAUGUUGAUCUUACCGAGAAGCUAGAUUACUCAUCCGCUGUGGCGUUACUCGGAUAUUCCCUCAUUUUGUCUAUUCUUCGAGCUUUCAAUGUGAGACUUGAGGCAGCCAGGGUCAUGGUUGCGGCUCCCCUAUUAGCUUUUGUGGCGACGCAUAUUUUAUAUUUGAACUUCUAUCAGCUCGACUAUGGUUUAAACAUGAAAGUGUGCGUCGCGAUGGGAUUAAUCCAGAUUUCGAUAUGGGCAAUAUGGGCCGGCGUCACUCGUCACCCCGCCCGUUUCAAGGUAUGGGUCGUCUUAUUCGGGGGCUUGCUAGCGAUGCUAUUAGAGAUAUACGAUUUUCCUCCAUAUUGGGGAUUUGUUGAUGCUCAUGCUCUCUGGCACGCCACGACUAUCCCCCUCACCUACCUCUGGUGGAGCUUCGUUAGAGACGACUGUGUUUUCAGAACCUCGGUUCUCGUCAAGAAGGCCAAGUAAGUCUUUACUUGUUGUAUCGCCACAGGUUUAACUCGAAUAUCGUCGAUGUUCGAUUGUCGAAGAUUUUCGAGGAUGUUGUUAUGUUCAAUGCUCUGCGGAUUUGGGAUGAUGUCUAACGGUAUGUUUUUCUUGAAUUUGAAAUUUUGUUUUUUCAUAGCAAAAUGAAUGUAAAAAUCUUGUUAAGUUAUUAGGUAUGUUUUUGUUUUAGUACU